UGUUUUGAGUGAUUGCCAGUACUAAGUAGUAUUCAAUUAACUCAUGAAAACAGACAUUCAAAGUGCAGCUAAAGUUUCAAUAAGAUUUGUUUAAUGCUUAGCUAUGAAUCAUCAGGAGUUGCAUCAAACAAAUGACAAGAUUUGUAACAAUAACGGCAUGACUAGUGAGAGCACCGGUAUCUCCAGUGAAAGCGAUGAUGAAAUCAAGUCAACUCUUAAGCAAAAUAAAAGAAUUAAACCAAAUGAUUGUCUUAACAAUGGUUAUAAUCAACAAGUAGUUCAUCAAAAUAAUAAUAAUACCAAACACUUAAAGAAAGACAAAUCGGACAAAAUUUCAUCAAAACGGACGACUAUGGAUGAUGUACUCAAACGGAUCAAUAAAUUCAAUAAUAUAGAUACGGAUCAAAUAUUGGACACCAAAAGCCCUAAUUUGUUGACCAGUGCCCUAGACUUAGCCCGAUUGGCCGCCAACUCCAAUGACAACACCAGUAUUGGUGAAACAGAUCAGAAGCUGACGGCUAUGAUUGAACAGUUGCAGCACUUAAGACACAAAUUGGUUAGCCAUCAACAACUGGGCUCGUCUUUAUCGACUGAAUCGCAAGCAGAGGAAAGCCAAAUGAAAAGACAAAGAGAACAGAUUGUUGAACAACAACACAGAAUCUAUGAAUUACAGCAACAAUUGAGUGGUCAAUAUAUAGCUGCCACCAGUUCUUUGCCACAUUUGUCAAUGACAUCGAUGGCAGCAUUGCCUUCAUCUGCAGCACAACUGAUGUUUUUACCAUUUUUUAACGGCAAUGCAAUGAAAUCUUUUCCAACCAUUCCUACUAAUGGCUUCAACUACCCCAACACCCAAACAAUUGACAAAUUUUCGUCAUUAAGUCCAAACCAUAACUCAAUAUAUAAUAACGUCAAGACAUCACCACAUCCUUCAUCGCCGACUCAUAUGAAAGAAUCUAAACAAAUGACAGAUUUAGAAAAUCACCGAAUCUUUGAUGACAUGAACGGUGAUAAUGAAAAGUAUAGCUCUAACGCACCGCUCAAUCUAAGUAAACCUAAACUCAAAAACAACUGUUUGUCCUCAUCGUCAUCGACUGACGUUAUAUCAAGACUAACACAUCAGUCGUCUUUCUCACAAUCACUACCUCUUUCAGCACAUGAAACACCAUCAAUGGCUAUGUUUGCAGACAACCCCUACUGGAAUUCAUUAUCACUUCCCACAGCUCUCAAUAAAAAUCCUUUCACUUCAAUGGCCAUUCACGCCACUGGACUCGAGUUUAUGCCUCAAAUGGAUAGCAUAAACAUGUAUUUGGCUAAUGCUAACAACACUCAAUCAAUGAUAAUUCCCGAAACACAACAGCAUAAGAGUGACAGUACUGGCUAUCAUUCCUCAUCAGAAAAUGGCGACCGAAAAAGUGAAUCAGUCAUAACGUGUCAAAGCAAACUCUUGGGAGCAAAAAUUAUACGUCAGGUUAAAAAAGAUGCCGACGGCAAACCUCAUGUUAAAAGACCAAUGAAUGCAUUCAUGGUUUGGGCUAAAGAUGAAAGAAGAAAAAUACUAAAAGCCUGUCCUGAUAUGCAUAACUCUAACAUUUCCAAAAUUUUAGGCGCUCGUUGGAAAUCAAUGUCCAAUUCAGAGAAGCAGCCCUAUUAUGAGGAACAGUCACGACUGUCCAAAACACAUAUGGAACAGCACCCGGACUAUCGGUACCGACCCCGACCUAAACGCACGUGUAUUGUUGACGGAAAGAAGUUAAGAAUAUCAGAAUAUAAACAACUUAUGAAAAGUAGACGUCAAGAGAUGAGAAACUUGUGGUAUAAGGAUAAUAACAGUCAAAAUGUUUUGGAAGCUCAUGACAUGACAAACACCAAUCCAUUCAUUAAUGACAACAAAAACUUCGACAAUGAGUUAAUGGAUGAAAUCGAUGGUUCAGAUAAUAGUAUGUCUCAUAACGAGUAUGACUCGGAUUCUGGAUCUCAUUCGCCAAAUAUUGACAUCAAUAUGAAUCGGGUCGACGAUUGA